AAUAACGAAUUAUGAAUAGUUGCUAACUUUACAACAUCAAGCCAAACUGAGUUUAGACUGAUCAACAAAGUUAGUCUCUCAUGGCCAAUAGAACAGGUGUUUCGCCUGGAGAUAUUUCAUACGGCCUAAUGAAAACAAUGGAGCUACUGCUGACCAACAUUCUAGCUCCUAGCGUCACUGUGGUGGGUGUGGUGGCCAAUGGUGUCAGCAUUGCAGCGUUCGCCAGGCUCGGGCUCGGAGACAGUGUCACCGUCUCUUACUUCCUGUUGACCAUAUCAGACUUUGCCUUCACCAUUAGUAACCUGAUCAUCAUCGUGUCCAUGAUGUUUGUCCAAACAGGUGGUCAGUGGUACGUGGACCCGUUAUCUUUGACCAUCGUCGUCUACCCUGUGAACCGGAUCUUCUACGACCUUUCCAACACGAUUACCUGCUACAUCGCCAUCGCCAGGUGUUGCUGUGUCGCCUUGCCCCUCAAGUUCAGAUCAACCUUCACGAGGUCAAGGACGUUUGGGAUCAUCGGUGUCAUGUACAUAGGAUUUUUCGUGGAGUUCACACCGCUGUUUGCCAACCAGGGUCUUCACGAGGUGUUCUUUCCGGCAUUGAAUGUAUCUCGGGUGAUCGUUUGGUUUUCGAAGGACAGGGAUCAGAUAGUCAAAAUCAUAUUUGACAGCAUUAACAGGAAUUCGUUUCUCAUCAUCACGUUCCUGAUAUCCGUUAUAUGUUUGAUAAUCAUCUUCAACGGCCUAAGGUUAUCAUCUAAAUUUAGAAUGUCCUUGAAAACUCAGGCAUUGCCGAAUGAAAUUGAUCGAGUAACGGACGGAAAGAAAAACGAGCAAGUGAAGUCAAGCAUGUCGGUGUUAGAGAUUAAGGUAGUCCAAGGCGUGGCUUUGGUCGUGUUGAUAUCUGUCUCGUGCAAUUUCCCGAUGAUAUGCAUGGCUUACAGCCGACUGGCCGUCCCCGAGCUGGAGCUGGGCAGAGCUUACAACAACUUGUAUUUUCUGAUCAGCAACAUCAGCAGUUUUAUCAUCUCUGUGAAGAAUUCUUUCAACUGGAUCGUGUAUUACAAUUACAACACACGUUACAGAGAGGCUAUCAGAUCUUUGUUUCUGAAGAAAGGCGGCUUGAAAUGAUUUAGUCACGUAGAACGUGUCUAAGAAGUACAUUGUAUCUGUAACUGGCCCUAAUGUAAACUACGUUAAUGAAUCUCUGUUAUUUGAACAAGUCUUAGUACUUCUAAUGUGUUCCAUCAAAAACAACUCUAGCAUCCCUUCCUGUGGUGCGGAGAGUCACCUGGUGUCUAAAUAAUUCAAAUAACUGUUUAAUUAAGGUUGCACGCGAGUUUUUCUCAGAAAGAGUGGUUCAAUUAAAUAGCUUUAAAAAAAAAAAACCCAGAUGAAUUAGAUUUUGACAGUUAUAUAAAAGAAA